AUGCCGGUAACUGAUUUCGAUAUGGCAUCCAAGCUCAAGAACAAAGCUUUGUUCAAGGAAGCUUGUUUUGUCAAUGGCGAUUUCAUUUCAGCCAAAACGGGCAACGUCUUCAAUAUUACUGAUCCUGCAACCCAAAAUAUUAUCGGCAAAAGUCCAGAGUUUUCUCAAGCCGACACUGAGAAAGCUAUCGAGGCGGCAGCUGCAGCUUUUCCUGCUUUCAAAGCCUUGACAGGCCGCGAGAGAGCCCGUUUACUGCGGAAAUGGUUUCAGCUGAUUAUUGAUAACAUCGAUGACCUUGCCCUUUUGUUGACAUUGGAAAAUGGUAAAACAAUAGCAGAAGCAAAGGGAGAAAUCAACUUUGCGGCAAGCUUUGUGGAAUAUUACAGCGAGGAAGCAGUCCGUAUCUAUGGAGAUACUAUUCCAGCUUCUGUUGAUGGAAAGAAGAUUCUAACUUUGAAGGAGCCCGUCGGCGUCUGUGCAUUAAUCACUCCAUGGAAUUUCCCCUCCGCUAUGAUCACUCGUAAAGCCGCCCCUGCUCUUGCUGCAGGUUGCACGGUCGUCAUCAAGACCCCUGGAGAGACUCCAUUCAGUGGAUUAGCUCUGGCUGAGUUGGCUGGACAGGCUGGCUUUCCCAAAGGUGUCAUCAACGUGAUCACAGCUCUAGACAAUACUGUUGAGGUGGGCAGCACUUUAACGCACUCCCCACUCGUGCAGAAAGUCUCAUUCACGGGAUCAACCGCCGUUGGGAAGCUCUUGAUGGAGCAAGCCUCCUCAACGAUGAAGAGGGUCAGUUUUGAGCUUGGAGGAAAUGCGCCACUAAUUGUCUUCGACGACGCCGACGUUGACCACGCGGUUGAAGAAGCAAUCGCAAGCAAAUUCAGAAGUUCGGGGCAGUCGUGCGUCUGUGCCAAUAGGCUGUAUGUGCACGAAAGCAUUCACGACGAAUUCGUCCGUAAGUAUGCAGCGGUUGUACGGCGAUUCAAGGUGGGCUCCGGAUUAGACGCCUCGGUUUCUCACGGUCCGUUGAUUCAUGCGCGUGCGGCACAAAAAGUGCAUUCUCAUGUUCUGGAUGCUGUUGGAAAGGGGGCAAAGGUAAUCGUGGGAGGUGCCCUGGUCCCGAGUCUCGGUCAGAGCUUCUAUCUGCCUACUGUCUUGACCGGUAUGAAAGCCAAUAUGCUGCUUGCUCAAGAAGAGACUUUUGGGCCAGUUGCUGGGAUAUUUUCAUUCAACUCCGAUCAGCAAGUCGUUUCUCUGGCGAAUGAGUCUGAUGUAGGCCUUGCCGCCUACUUAUUCGGCAAGGAUGUUUCCCGACUCUGGAGAGUGGCGGAGGCAUUGCAAGUGGGAAUGGUAGGGAUCAACACCGGUAUCAUCAGCGACAAUGCCGCUCCUGGUCAUCUUCUGCGCCAAGAAGAAGAGGACAAGAUGGACGAUGAGAAUACGGAACAGCUGCCAGUGCAGAAGCAAAAGCAUCGCCGCUACCGGACUGGAUGCUUCACGUGCCGGCAAAGAAAAAAACGGUGUGAUGAAGCUUUCAGCCCCGUAACCAAUCGGUGUGGGAAUUGCUCCCGGCUGGGCUUAUCUUGCCGCGUUGCUCGGACUCGUCUUGAAACGGUAGAGCAGGGCGGUCUCAUCCUUGAGAAAGUUCGUGGCGGCGUCAACUCUACUUCGGAACUAUCACCUCCUACCCCUACUUUGCAAUCUCUGGGCGACAAGCCAGGCUUGCCAUUAGCCGAGGAUCUGAGCAAGCCUGUCGAUGACGAAGAUUUAUCGGAUCGUCGGUCUGUUCUCACUCGGGGAAAAAUUCCCCCGGACUCGCAGACAGUGGAUGAAAUCGAGAUACUAUCUCCGAAAACCAAUGCAGCUCAUGAAGGCCCGGAUCGCUUCUCCUUCUUCCCAUACGAGCUGGAACAAGGACAAUCGUCCCACAUAGACUACUACCGAAGUAAUGUAAUCUCAGCUACUUCCAUCAUCUUGGAUGAGGAUACAGGGCUUCAUCAGUUGAUUCCAAAGGCAUUUAGCGCCAAUCACUUGAUGAGCGCUUUGCUUGCCUAUUCUAUGGCGCACCGGGCACAAAUACCUGGCGAUGUAGCUUUGGCUGAAUCCUAUCGUCAGCAAGCUACUACGCAAUAUGGAAAGGCGAUCAUGGCCCUUCGAUCGGCCUUGAGCCGCAAAGACGACGACUUUGAAAGUCUCAUCACAUCUACUCUCCUUCUUGCGGCGACUGAGACCACCAUGGGCGGAGUGUCAGACUGGUAUAACCACUGCAUAGGAGCAAAUCAGCUUGUGCGUGCCUUUACGACGAACAUUAAUGUGGAAAAUGUGGCGUACCAUCGGUUUCUCAUCCGCUAUCUCAUGUAUCACGACGUUCUUGGCGCGGUUACCAUGCGCCAGGCCCCUAUUCUCGACCAAUCAUUCUAUAAGCGAGAGAUUGCGGGACUUGCCUCCGACUCUACGCAUCCUAUGGUGGGUGCAAACGCGAAAAUACUGUCUCUGAUGGCCAAAGUGUGCCAGCUACAUGAAGAAGCUAUGAAAGAGAAGGCUCAGUCAGAGGAAAAUGAUAUCAACCUCGCGCUGAUAUAUGGCAAUGGUGCCGACAUUGAGCAACGACUGAUGUCUCUCAAGCUUCCUCCAUCUCUCCCGCUUCUAUUAUGCUUCGUUACAGAAGCAUAUCGCAGUUCGGCGUUGCUCUAUCUAUAUCAGGUAUUAGAUGAAAUUGAAGGUAAUUCAAUGCAGGGCCGCUUUUUAGAAGAAAAAUGCGAGCAUCACCUGUGCCGCUUGAAGCAGCACAUUUCUCGUGUGCCUCUCUCGUCCGCGCCGGCUUCCGCGCUUCUAUUCCCAUUAUUCAUGGCGGGUACCUGCGUAAAACAGCCGGAUGACAAAAAAUUCGUGCGUUCAAAACUACUCGAUCUGUACCAAGUGGUUCGCUUCGCGAAUAUUCUGAGCGCCUUGGAGGCCCUGGAGGUGUUUUGGAAAUCCCCAAGGACAGCACUUGGGUGGCAACAAUUGCUGCGAGAUCGGGGUUGGAAUCUGGCGCUUACAUAG